GCGGGGCAGGGCCGGGCCGCGGAGCGUGUGACGCCGAGGCCGCCGCGGAACUGGGGAUUAAUGGGAAAAGUUUUGGCAGGAGACGGAGGUUUCUGCGGACCCUGCGGGAGGGCGGCGGUGGCGCGGGAGGAGGCCGGGACAGUGUUGCGUGGUGUUUUGGGCAUGCACGUGGUACUCACACAGUGGCUUCUGCUCACCAACAGAUGAAGACAGAUGCACCAAAGAGCUAAUAGCCACACAGCUUUGAGAGAGUUUUCUCAUGAGGAGGACGCUGAAGGGAGAGGCUCCUAGGUGUUAUGGGAAAACCACUUCAUGCUCAAGUUCAUUUCCAAGUCAUCAUACUAGUAGGCUGACAGGAACUGCCCUGUAGAGGUCCAUCUGCGUUCAGACCCAGAUGAUGCCAGAGCUAUGACCGGGCCUGCAGGCGUGGUACCGAGGGGAGAUCAGCCAUGGAGCAGCCACAGGAGGAGACCCCUGAGGUCCGGGAAGAGGAGGAGAAAGAGGAAGUGGCAGAGGCAGAAGGAGCCCCAGAGCUCAAUGGGGGACCAGAGCCUGCACUUCCUUCUAGCAGCUACACAGACCUCUCCCGGAGCUCCUCGCCUCCCUCGCUGCUGGACCAGCUGCAGACGGGCUAUGACGGUGCCUCGUGUGGCAGCCUCAACAUGGAGUGCCGAGUCUGCGGGGACAAGGCGUCAGGCUUCCACUAUGGUGUUCAUGCAUGCGAGGGCUGCAAGGGCUUCUUUCGCCGGACAAUCCGCAUGAAGCUGGAGUAUGAGAAGUGUGAACGGAGCUGCAAGAUCCAGAAGAAGAAUCGCAACAAGUGCCAGUACUGCCGCUUCCAGAAGUGCCUGGCACUGGGCAUGUCACACAAUGCCAUCCGCUUUGGCCGGAUGCCAGAGGCUGAGAAGAGGAAGCUGGUGGCAGGGCUGACAGCAAGUGAGGGGAGCCAGCACAACCCACAGGUGGCAGAUCUGAAGGCCUUCUCCAAGCACAUCUACAGCGCCUACCUGAAAAACUUCAACAUGACCAAAAAGAAGGCCCGCAGCAUCCUCACCGGCAAAGCCAGCCACACAGCGCCCUUUGUGAUCCACGACAUCGAGACAUUGUGGCAGGCAGAGAAGGGGCUGGUAUGGAAGCAGCUCGUGAACGGCCUGCCGCCCUACAAGGAGAUCAGCGUGCACGUCUUCUACCGCUGCCAGUGCACCACGGUGGAGACCGUGCGGGAGCUCACUGAGUUCGCCAAGAGCAUCCCCAGCUUCAGCAACCUCUUCCUCAACGACCAGGUCACCCUUCUCAAGUAUGGUGUGCAUGAGGCCAUCUUCGCCAUGUUGGCCUCCAUCGUCAACAAAGACGGGCUUCUGGUGGCCAAUGGCAGUGGCUUUGUCACGCGUGAGUUCCUGCGCAGCCUCCGCAAGCCCUUCAGUGACAUCAUCGAGCCCAAGUUUGAGUUUGCUGUCAAGUUCAAUGCCCUGGAACUUGAUGACAGUGACCUGGCCCUAUUCAUUGCAGCCAUCAUUCUGUGUGGAGACCGGCCAGGCCUCAUGAACGUGCCGCAGGUAGAGGCCAUCCAGGACACCAUCCUGCGUGCCCUGGAGUUCCACUUGCAGGCCAACCACCCCGAUGCCCAGUACCUCUUCCCCAAGCUGCUGCAGAAGAUGGCCGACCUGCGGCAGCUGGUCACUGAGCAUGCCCAGAUGAUGCAGCGCAUCAAGAAGACUGAGACCGAGACCUCACUGCACCCCCUGCUCCAAGAGAUCUACAAGGACAUGUACUGAGGGGCAUGCUCAGGCCUCCUCCGAGGCUCCAGUGAGGACAUUCUGGGAGGGGCCCCCACGUGACUCUUCCGUUGACCAGCCCAUGAGCACACACCCAGGCAGCAGCUCCCUCCCUCGUGCUCUCAGACAUGCGGCCUCCAGCUCCCUGUGUGCCCUUUAUCCCUCUUCUGCCUCCCCCCAGCUCUUUAUCUUUGAUGUUUCUCUCUUCCUCAGCUCCUCUUUCUUUUCUAAUUUCUCAUGUUCUCUUUCUUCCUUUCUCUCUAUAGGUGUCCCUCUUCCUUCCUCCCUUGCCCUCCCUUUCUCUCUAUGUCCCCAUGUCCGGCCCUCUUUCUUGUUCUGUGAGGCAGUUUGUAUUAUUUCACCAGCAGCAAAGAACAGGACCACUGCUUCUGCCCACUCUUUCCCCACACCUGCAGGCUUAGAGGCCUCACCUCUGUCUCCUGUCUUAGAGCAAAGAAACACUAAGCUCUCCAGGCCUGGCUUCCCAGGGAAGCUGAGCAUGGCCUGGACUGACUGCAGCAACAGCCUGGAGUCAGGGGGGUCCCUGCUGUGAAGGACAGUGGGGCAGGGGCCUGGGCUGAGAGCCAGAUGCCUCCCCCAGAUUCUCACGGCCCCCUGAGCCUGGCUCCCCUGACCCAACCAACCCCACUGACCCCACUCCAGCAGCACAUCCCAGCCCACUGACACCCAGCAUCCUAUUCUUCACACCAGUUUUCCAGGCCAAGGGCACUGAUGGCCCCCGGCGCUGGCGGCUGGGGGCACCCUCCAGCCUGUAGGGAGGUGGAGUUCCCUUCAGAGGUGGGCCAUGCCCCCAUUGAAGAGAAGCAGGUCUCAAGGGAGGGAGGUAGGGUUGGUGGUUGGAGGGAACAAUUGAUUCUGACCCCAGGACUCGGAAGGCCAGGGAGAGCUUGGAACAAACCCUCCAUCAGCACCCCACUCUCCCCGCAUCCUGUAGCAGCUGCCUACAUGGUGUCAGCACCCAGAGCCAGGGCCCAGCCUCAAACAGGACUGCUCCUUUCUCUAGCCAUGAGAUGUUGGCACUGGCUCCAGGCCUGCCCCCCCCCCCACUCCCGGAGCUGCUACUCCAGCACACACUGCAAGCACUGAAAUCACUUUACCUGCAGGUUCUGGGCCCCUCAUGCUCCCCUCCCCGAGGCAGGUGAGUGCUUAGCAACAGGCCUGCAGGUGGACAGGCAGAGCUGCACCCUGUUUCCAGGGCUGGGCCACAUCUCUGGGUGGGCAGGAGUGUCCUGUUGAGUCAGCCCAGCACCUGCUCACAGCAGGAGCUGCUAGAGAUAAACUGAUCCUGUCCUGAUGUCCAUUUGUCCCAAAAGCUCUGCUGCCCUUCCUUUCCCCUGUAUUUGACUCAGCUGGUUACCUGGAACUCUCCCUGCACAGCCUCUGGUGACCAGGAACUUUGCCGGGCGCAGUGCCACACCCCCGGCCCCUGCCCUCUGCUGCUUGCUGCUUUCUGCUCACGGGCGGAGGUGCACUCAGCUCAGAGAGGCUGAAGCAGUGUGAAGUGCCACAUCUUAGCAGGAGGGCAGAGGGCCUGCCCAUGCUGCUGGGGUGAGGGACUGGCUAGCGUCUCAGAGCAAGGUGGUGGGAGAGCUGGGGUUAGAGCCUAGGCUUCCUGGGUCCUCUCUGGUCCUCCUUCCCAAGGAGCCUUCCCAUCUGACUGCAGCUCUGGGAGGACAUGCCCUAGAGAGAGGAAAAGCCCAGUGUCUGCCCUGCCAGCGCUGUGGCCUUUUAUGCCCUGGGGUCACUCUCUAUAUACAAGGUUCUUCCCUCUCCCCUCCCGCCUGGCUGACCAGGGAUUUGGCUGAAGGGUGCUUCCUUUUGGGCCAAGGCUAUGAAGGGAGAGCUGCUGUGCCUGACUGACCCCCUCCCCACCACGUGCCCUGUCCCUACCCCCCACCCAGGUCUGGUGCUGAGGAUACAGCUCUUCUCAGUGUCUCAACAAUCUCCAAAAUUGAAAUGUAUAUUUUUGCUAGGAGCCCCAGCUUCCUGUGUUUUUUAAUAUAAAUAGCUUAAAAAGACUCAUGGAACUUUAAAUAAAUGGGAAUUAAAUAUUUAA